CGCUCAAGAAGCAGGUGUUUUACGCGGAACUGGUUUGUCUUCAGAAGGACACUUUUGCUCCAGCCACUGGCAUUCCCAGACAUCUGGCGUCAAGUUUCUUUAAAGUCAUCGACACCAACAAGACGGAGAUGGAUAACAGUCCUGGUGGCGGGGGAGUCAUCCUUUAUGCAGGAUCGUCUGGCAGUUCCAGCCCAAGCCCCGGUAGCCCUUCCAGUGGGUACCAGACACAGUCACCUUCCUCACACUCCCAGCCUUCGUCUCCAGAAGAAGUUACCUUUACAGAGAUAGGGGUUCUGAAACAUGGGAGGACUUCCAGUUCCAACACCCCAACCUCCAAACUGGUGUUUCAGUUCCCAGAAGUCUACAGCACUCCGUCAGCAGCAGCUACUCCACAGCAGUCCUACGCACACCCAAUUGCAGGGAAGAGACCCUGUGGGUUCACAGGAACUUUCACCAAGACAGGAGGAAUGGUCCUGCUUUGCAAAGUUUGUGGAGACAUUGCAUCUGGCUUCCACUAUGGAGUGCAUGCAUGUGAAGGUUGCAAGGGCUUUUUCCGUCGCAGCAUCCAGCAGAACAUCAACUACAAGAUGUGCGUAAAGAACGAGAACUGCCUCAUCAUGCGCAUGAACCGCAAUCGAUGCCAGCACUGCCGUUUCAAGAAAUGCCUCUCUGUUGGCAUGUCAAGAGAUGCUGUGCGUUUUGGCCGUAUUCCAAAGAGGGAGAAGCAGCGACUUCUGGAUGAGAUGCAAAGCUACAUGAAUAGCCUAAAUGAGUCAGCCAUCAUGGACAUGGACUCUUCAGUGCAGGACGGAACCACUAGCACAGAUGACUGCAAUUCAAAAGAGGCCAUUGGGACCAUUUCAAAAGCAUAUCGUGACAUCUUCGUCGACAGCAGCAGCAGCCAUGAGAGAUCUUCCAACAGGGCCAACGUUACCAUUAACAACAGCAACACACAUCCCUUUUCUCAGGAUAGUAGUUUUCAAGUUUCAUCUCACCCUGCCCACAUUCAGAGUAAUCAGGCUUGCCCUGUUGCCUCUAACAACAACCAGGCUGCUUUUCAUAAAGUGGACAACAACUAUUCCUAUUUGAUGUCGUCAAAUCAGAAUCACAACCAGUCAAAUGCUGCAAUAAAUCAAAGGGUCAGCACCACCAAUCCCAACAAAUUUUGCAAUGAAGUUACUGAAAAGCAGACCUCCUGCCCAUGGAAAUUAGCACCAGGUGCUAAAGUGCUGGCUUGUCCUCUGAAUGCGUGCCCCGUAUCAGGGCCAGAACGCACAAGUCAGGAUAUCUGGGAGUCCUUCUCUCAGUGUUUCACCCCUGCUGUAAAGGAGGUGGUAGAGUUUGCCAAGGGUAUUCCUGGAUUCCAAGAGCUUAGCCAACAAGACCAGGUCAUGCUGCUAAAAUCUGGCACCUUCCAGGUUCUUAUGGUGAGGUUCUGCACAUUGUUCAAUGCUGAGGAGCGUACAGUUACCUUCUUGAAUGGACAAACUUACCCUCUGUCCACCCUGAGGGCUUUGGGCAUGGGCUCUCUGCUGGAUGCAAUGUUUGAAUUCAGCGAGAAGUUGGGUUCCUUGGGGCUAGAACCUGACGAGAUGGCCCUCUUCAUGGCUGUGGUGCUGGUAUCUGCAGAUUGUUCUGGGAUCUCAGACAUGCGAGGGGUGGAGCAUUUACAGGAGGGUCUGAUCCGCGCUCUUCGAUCUCUGAUCAGUCGCCGUCGCCCAGACAACACCUCCCUCUUCCCAAAGCUCCUUCUGCGACUGCCAGACCUGCGAACCCUCAAUAACCUGCAUUCUGACAAACUGUUGGCCUUUCGCAUUGACCCUUAAAAGUGGCAUCUGUUUUACACAGAAGCAUGCACACCCAUACAUGCAGAUUUUAUUUUUCAAGAGAAAGACUUUAACAACGAGGAACAAGGACUUGUGCAAUAAGAAGAGUGUUUUUGAAAGGGUAAAUGAAUGCAGCGAACAUGUUUUGGAUUCACUAUUGAUAUUCAUGCAAUAUUUUGAGACAAGAUAUGUAAAAACAUCCAAAUCCAUGUACAUACAUAAAUCUCACAUAUUGGGAA